AGUUACAUGGGAAUAGGGAGAUAACGCAUCCAUUGACCUGCAAACAGAUUGGCCAGAGUGCAGGAGGAGGAGCCAAAGAGAGAGCGAGAGAGAGAGGGAUGAAAGAAUGAAGGUAGGAGGAUGCAGAGAGAGGGACAGAGAGCACUAGUUGGGAUGGGAAGAGCAGGGAGAGGAGAUCUCUAAUAAUAGCACUGGAGGGAAGCAAGAGCGUGCAGAGGAAAAAGUGGUUCAUGCAACAAAGCGAAUCAUGCCGACACAGAGCAAUGAAAGAGUACGAUGGAGUGAGAGCGGGGAAAGUUGAAAGCACAUGCUCUGCUUUCCUGCAUGCACAGCGUAAAGGGGAAAAAGACAAAUAGGAAGCAGCAGGAGGAAGACGUUCUUAAUUCAAAGGAAUUACGAUCUCGAGAAAACCCUCUUAUUAGACUUCUGAAGUUCUUGUGUUUUUGUGAGCACAGCUCACAAAAUCCUUUCCAAUGGCAACUUUGGACACGUGUGUUAGGUUGCAGAGCGUGUGAAACAUGCCCUCCACUCGGCCUUCAUCCAAUAAUGCAGAGGUGUGAGAGCCACGAAUCUGAGGUCCAGCGGAGCCCCUCAUUGGACAGCGCAGAGUCAGAAUUCACCCGGGCGGCCCAUCGGGGUCACCGCCUGGCCGUGGGGGCAUUCUACGGCUCCCGGGGGUCAAAUGUCAAAGAUCAAACGGCACAGAGUGACGGUGUUGUGGUCGCUGUCCCACCUGUAGGGAAGCCUCAGGAUAAGCGCGUGUCUACCGGUGGGAAGUACGUUGUGUUUUACCUGGACUUGUCGUUUGUGUUGCUCCUAGAGUUCGAGAAGCUGAAGAUGGCUCGCGGAUGCCUGUGCUGUGUCAAAUACAUGAUGUUCCUCUUUAACCUGCUGUUCUGGUUGUCUGGCUGCGGGUUGUUAGGUGUGGGCAUAUGGCUGUCUGUUUCUCAGGGCAGUUUUGCCACCUUCUCCCCCUCCUUCCCCUCCCUAUCAGCCGCCAAUCUGGUCAUUACCUUGGGCUCUGUCAUCAUGGUCACGGGCUUUCUUGGUUGCCUCGGUGCCAUCAAGGAGAACAAGUGCCUGUUGCUGAGUUUCUUCAUUGUUUUGUUGAUCAUUCUGCUGGCAGAGCUUAUUAUGCUCAUCCUUUUCUUCGUGUACACGGACAAGGUGAGCGAGAACGCUAAGCAGGAUCUGAAAGACGGCCUGAGGCUCUACAACACGGACAAUAACAUCGGCCUCCGCAACGCCUGGAACAUUAUCCAAGCUGAGUGGCAGUGUUGUGGUGUUACUGGGCACACAGACUGGCAUGAUGCCCUGCAGGAGAAAACAGUUCCAGACAGAUGCUGCCAGGAACACUACAAAGAGUGCGGUCGUAACGCCACUAACGUCUUCUGGUCACAGGGUUGCUAUGAGAAGGUUGAGGAAUGGCUAAAUGACAACAAACAUUUGCUCGGAACCAUCGCGAUGUGUGUGCUGGUCUUACAGCUGCUCGGGAUGGCAUUCUCCAUGACUUUGUACCAGCAAAUCCACAGGGCGGGAAAGAAGUAUGAUGCCUAGAGGAAACCCAGUGUUACACGAAAAAAAAAACAAAAAAAAAAACUCUCUUAGCAGCUAAUGUAUUAUUUCAAACCCUGCUUCGUGCCAUCACAAACUAUUACCAGUGAAAAUGAAGCUGUACUUUUUUUUUUUUUUUUUGGAUCAGAUUUAAUUAUGUAGAACAGACAGUAGAUAUUUCUGCUUGGCUGCUGAGUGGCUAAUUUUUUUUAUUACUUUUUUUGGGCCUGAGGUUUAAAAGCAACUGUAAGAUGACAACUAAUGAAGGGACUGCACUGUAAGAAGCAAUUAUGGAUGUUCGCAGCCGUAAUGCCCAACGGUUUGGAAAUAGUCUAUUAUCGUACGGACUGCACAAAAAUGCCCACAUGAUGUAAAAUCGGAUUUUAAAGAUCUGUAGCUAGUAAAAGGAUACAUUCACUAUUUCUUUAUUGGACACUUGUGUACAUGUAGACGCAGUUCCCUUUGCUGAUGUAAUAUAUCAAUCGCAUGCUGUAUGUAUUUCACAUUCACAUAAAUUUACUGUACAAUUGAACACAAGUGUUAGGGAAAGUGCGGUAAGAUUUGUCACCUUCUUUAGCUACCAAAAAAUACACUUCUUUUUGUCAGAUUAUCAGACACAGUAUUCAGAAAGGCUCUAAUUGUUUUUGUUAUAUUAAAUAAUAAAAUGAACAUGAAAAUAUAUACAAUUUAAAAAAAAAAUAUAUAUAUAUAUAUUAUAAAUAUAUUAAUUAUAAAAUAUUUAAAAUUGUAUAUAUAUAUGUGAGUGUCAAAAUUUUAUACAUUUAUAUACAUAAAUAUACACAUAAAUUAUUUUCUACAUUUUGGCUUCAAACAUUCGGAUUAUUUUAAAGGUAUUUCUGUCAAUUUCAUAUUUGAAAAGUGUCACAGCUCACCCCAUUCUUCCCUGCUUUCAUUUUUUUGAAGUAUGAAUGUGUUUAUAUGUUCCAUGUAUGAGAGAGAGAGAGAGAGAGAGAGAGAGAGUCUGGACUAGUCAUCUGCUCGCUCUGGGGCUUUGUGUCCUGGUGACUCUCUUUUCAUAUCUGUCUACUCUCUUUGUUUUCUCGCUCAUUGAUCUUUUCAAAGUGCAUCUGUACUGCUGGGAGGCAAACGAGCUGUCCUACUCCGCCUACCGUCAGGGAAGAGAGGGAGAUGAGAUCAAAGGAUGCAGGAUAUAGAGGUUAGGAAAUAGAGGGGGGGGAAGACCUAAUAACGGCCUCUCUUGAAAACAAACAGUAUCAUGCAAUGGCACCUGAAUGCGUGCAAUGAGAGUUAAUUUAUAAGCCAUAACCUCAGCGAAUGGUUUGUCGCACCUGUCAUUUUCCUAAAAUACAUUCCUACUCAGUUUGUGAGUGCUAUAUGUGUGAUUUGAUCCAUGGAUUUAUUAGUUGCAUCAUUACAUUAUUGAAUUAUCAGGAUAAUUUAUUACCAAGUGACAUAUCUGCAUUACUGUUUAACAAACGUAUUAUUUUAAAUAAAAAGAAAAAAUGUUUGAAAUAA